AUGGGACUUCGGAGUCUCCAGGGGAACCGCCUCACCGCGGGUGUGACCUUUGCCACCGGCAGUGGCUUCCUCUUGUUUGGCUACGAUCAAGGCGUGUUUGGCGGCUUGAUUGAGAACCGCAGUUUCCAGGAGACUUUUGAUUAUCCCAGUUCUAUGAUGAUUGGCCAUAUCACGGCCACGUAUGACCUCGGGUGCUUCCUCGGGGCUAUCGCCUGCAUGGCCUUGGGAGAUUACUUUGGCCGUCGCCUUUCUAUUACCCUAGGCUGCUUCAUCCUGACUGUAGGAGCUGUCCUACAGGCAUCCUCAUACCACUCCGCCCAGAUGAUCGUUGGCCGCUUCGUCGCAGGCGUAGGUAAUGGAAUCAACACCACCUCAAUUCCCGUCUGGCAAUCGGAAAUGUCCAAGCCUCGCCAUCGCGGCCGUCUCAUUGUCCUUCAACUCGCUCUCAACCAGCUCGGCAACGUAACAGCCCAGUGGCUCAACUUUGGUCUCGGCUUCAUCGACCAUAGCAGCGUCUCCUGGCGCUUCCCCCUAGCCUUCCAAAUCUUCUACGCCCUCCUUGCAGCGUCCGCCACACCCUGGCUCCCCGAUUCUCCUCGUUGGCUCAUUCAACGUAACCGCGAGCCCGAAGCUCGCGUCGUCCUCGCCCGUCUUUACAACAAGGCCUCGACUCCCGACGAUCCAGAAAUCACAGCUCUCCACGAGGCCUCCGUCCGCUCUGUCCACCAUGAACUCGAGCUCACCGCCGCUAUCAACUGGCGCGUCCUCUUCCGCAAAGACCGGCUUCAUACUACCCGCCGCAUCCUCCUCGGUGCAGGGACGCAGUUUAUGCAGCAGUGGGGCGGCAUUAAUGUCAUAAACUACUACCUCCCUGUCGUUUUUGCCUCUCUCAACGUCUCCCGCACCCUUUCACUCGUCCUUUCAUGUUGCAACUCCAUGAAUCUUAUGUUCUCAACCUGCGGAGGCGCCGUCUUUAUCGAUUCCAUCGGGCGAAAAAAUCUCAUGCUCGCCGGCGCCCUGUUCCAGGGCAUCUGUUUCGCCUUCGUUGGUGGGUCCCUUGGUGCACAUACAGACCAGUGGUCGAAGGUCGCGAUUGCCUUCGUCUUUAUGUUCUUCACUGUCUUCGGACUAACCUGGAUUGCCGUGCCUUGGAUGUACCCGGCCGAAGUAAACACGCAGCAAUGGCGGAAUCGGGGCGCGGGGAUCGCGACAGCGACGAAUUGGAUCUGUAAUUAUGCCGUUGUGUUGGCGACACCCGUGGGAAUUGAGAAGAUUGCGUGGCGGUAUUAUCUGAUCUAUGCAGCAUUGAAUAUUUUGUUCAUACCGAUUGUGUGGGUGUUCUAUGUCGAGACCGGGGGGCUUUCUUUGGAAGAGGUGGAUGAGGUCUUUGAGAAGAUGGGAUCUUCGUCUGGGAUAGAUAGUGGGACGGAACUUUCCUCAGUGGUCAGGGCUGUCGAUGGACAGGUGGAAAAAGAUGGUGCAUUGAGCGAGUGGGUUGAGCAUGUCCGAGCCUAA